AUGAAGGAUUCCAGCACUGGGCAGCAGAAAGGGCUGCAAACAGAGCCAGGGAUCAAUUUUUUUGCCCCGGAGACACAGCGCCCAGCGCCUCCCUCGUCUCCGGCCACCUCCGUCCCACUGCAAAGGCAGGCCCCCGGCCCCCCUCCCAAGACAUAUGGGGCUUCUAUUCAGCUCCUUCUCCCUCCUUAUGAGUCGGCGGGCACCUUUGAAAUUCUGAUACGAGGUAGUGGGCGCAAACACAAAAUGGCUGCCGCAGGAGGCGGAGCCAUAUCCAGAGGAAGCCCAGUUACAGGGCAGAAAAGUGGAGCAGGGGGAUAUUGUCUUAAGUGGUUGUUCUUGCGUGGAUGGCCGUGGGAUCUCACUCACUCUGUGUUUCUGUCCAGGCUGUUGCAGGAGGGAGCCAACGUGAACUCGCGGCACAAGCUCGGCUGGACGGCUCUGAUGGUGGCGGCUAUAAACCGGAAUGCCAGCACGGUGAACCUUCUGCUGACAGCUGGGGCCGACCCAAACCUGGGAGAUGAGUUCAGCAGCGUCUACGAAACCGCUAAAGAGAAGGGGCUGCACUCCUUGGAAGACCCAUUUGGUCAUGACUCAUUAAAUGCCAGCGCCUCGAACUCGGCGACCAGAGAAGCGGGCAAAGUCAAGCCCGCCGCACAGAUGCCAACGCGUCGCCUCGCAAGGGCAUGGCUGGUCUUUGGUCAGCGCCUGAAGGACAUCGGUCCGCCGCCUCCUGACCCCGGCAGAGAGGAUUUCUCGCCAGCAGGACUGUGGGUUCCUUUCCCCAGGUUUUUGACAACAGAAUUACAUUUCAGUACAGGGGUCCCCCACGUGGUGCCCAUGAGCGCCGUGGCACUCCCGGACACCUUCCCUGGCCCCCACCAGAUGUUUCUAGAAACCAUCCGGAGAAAGGAAAAUGGCUGGUACGACGAAGAGCACCCACUGGUUUUCCUCUUCUUGGGAUCGUCUGGAAUAGGUAAAACUGAGCUGGCCAAGCAGACAGCCAAAUACCUCCACAAAGAUAUCAAGAAGGGGUUCAUUCGGCUGGACAUGUCAGAGUUUCAGGAGAGGCACGAGGUCGCCAAGUUCAUCGGCUCCCCACCAGGCUACGUGGGUCACGAGGAAGGCGGACAGCUGACCAAGAAGCUCAAGCAGUGCCCAAAUGCCGUCGUCCUCUUUGACGAAGUGGACAAGGCCCACCCGGACGUCCUCACCAUCAUGCUGCAGCUGUUUGACGAAGGCCGGCUGACAGACGGGAAAGGGAAGACCAUCGACUGCAAAGACGCCAUCUUCAUCAUGACCUCCAACGUGGCCAGCGACGAGAUUGCCCAGCAUGCCUUGCAACUGAGGCAGGAGACUGUGGAGCUGAGCCGGAAGAGGAUUGCCGAAAACCUGGACGAUGUCCAGAUGACCGACAAGAUCACCAUCUCCAAGCAGUUCAAGGAGAACGUGAUCCGCCCCAUCUUGAAGGCUCAUUUCCGUCGGGACGAGUUCCUCGGCAGGAUCAACGAGAUCGUCUACUUCCUCCCCUUCUGCCACUCGGAGCUCAUCCAGCUGGUGAACAAGGAGCUCAGCUUCUGGGCCAAGAGGGCCAAGGCUAGGCACAACAUCACUUUGCUGUGGGACCGGGAAGUCAUGGACGUUCUGGCGGACGGUUACAACUUGCACUAUGGGGCCCGCUCCAUUAAGCACGAGGUGGGUCCCUCCCCCGGCUUUUUCUCUUGCCCCCGGUUGGGUCAAAGGGACUGGGAGGGAGGCGGGGAGGCUGCUCGGGGCUCCGGUCGCAAGGCAGCGCUCAGCUGA